AUGAUAAGGCCCGUUAUGCGUUCUCGGCUUUCUCCCUUAGGGGUAAUGUUCCUCCUCGCCGGUGCCGUCACAGGUUCGUCGGACCUGUCGCAGCAUGUCAACGCAUUCAUUGGCUCCGAAGGACCAGAAGCUGGAACGGGGUUCGGCGGUGGGGACAUCUUCGUUGGCGGGACGCGUCCAUUUGGCGUUGCAAAGGUCGGAAUCGACACGACUGCGGUGGAUUGGAAUACGGCUGUUUUGAAUGGUGGAUGGACGCCCGAUGGCAAUGUGACGGGCGUCAGUAUGAUGCAUGAGAGUGGUACGGGUGGUGCGCCGAAGUAUGGAUUGAUUUCGCAGAUGCCGUUGACUACAGUUGACGCACCGGUUAAUGUGCUUGAUAAUUUGACUUAUAGUCAGCCGAGAGUUGGUAAAGAUACGGCAAGAGUGGGAUACUUCAAGACUCAAUUGAAGAGUGGUGUCACCAUUGAGUUGUCGGCUUCACGCCAUGCUGGCAUCAUGGAAUAUUCGUUCCCGGAGGGCGAAAAACAUGUCCUGGUUGAUGUCUCUCAUUAUCUUCCGGGAUCACCAGGUGAUCCAAAUGGACAGUUUUUCACUGGCGGCGAGAUUCAGAUUGAGGAAGAUGGGAAGGCCUAUUCUGGAUAUGGAACCUACAUCGGCGGAUUCAACAAUGGUGCACCUUUCACUGUUUACUUCUGGGGAGAAUUCUCCGAGAAACCAGAAACUGCCCAUGCAUUCUCCGGAGACAACACAUCUCCCAUGCCACGUUACCACAACCAUGAUAAUGGCGGUAUGGCACAAGCAAAGUUCGAUCAAUCGCAAAGGAUCACAUCGGGCCCCAUGAAUGACCGCAUUGGUCUCCUCCUUAGCUGGAAAGACGGCGCUGCUGCGCAUAUCGUCUCGCGCGUUGGAAUUUCUUCCAUCUCAGCUGCCAAGGCUCGCUCCUAUAUCCAAAAGGAGAUACCGUCUUGGAAACUGAAUGACACCGUCACCGACUCCGUGAAAGAGUGGAACGAGGAUGUGUUCAACAAAGUUCAAGUUUCGCUAGAUGACACGGCAAAUCUGAGCCAUGUCCGCCUGCUGUACAGCUCGCUGUACUUUAUUCACAUGAUGCCUUCCGACCGCACGGGGAGAAUCCUCUUUGGGACUCAGGAGAGCCGUAUUGGGAUGACUUCUAUACUAUGUCCCGAGUACUACGAGUCUAUGAUUCGUGGUGUUAUCGAUAUCUACAAACAUGAAGGUUACAUGCCCGAUGGCCGCUCCAGCAACUGGAACGGUCUCACCCAAGGUGGCUCCGACGCCGACAAUGUCCUCGCCGACGCGUAUGUCAAAGGUCUUCGUGGUGGAAUUAAUUGGACCGAAGGAUACCUGGCCAUGAAGAAAGAUGCAGAAGUAACUCCUUAUAACACAUUCGACCCUACAGACUUGACGGCUAGUACGAAAGAAGGCCGCGGUGCCCUGGAUGACUGGAAAGAACUGGGAUAUAUUUCGCAAGACCGCAAUACCCGUUGUAUCUCGCGAACCGUUGAGUACGCGCUCAAUGACUUCGCUGUCAGCCAGAUCGCCAGGGGUGAGAUGCCUGGUGAUGUCGAGACGUAUCUGAAUCGGUCGGCGAACUGGCAGAAUAUCUGGGAUCCCAGUGUCGCGAGUUUGAAUUUCACCGGAUUCUUGGCGCCGAAGCUUUCCAAUGGCAAGUUCAAUACCAGUGACUAUGAUCCGCUGCUUUGUGAUGGAUGUGAGUGGCAGUCCAUUACCUAUGAGGGGAUUCCGUGGGAAUACUCUUUUGUGAUUCCUCACGAUGUGCAGACACUUGUCAAGUUGAUGGGUGGGGCUGAUACGUUUGAGGAUCGCCUAGAUUUGAUGUUUAAACCGAACAUGUCUGUUCAGAAUCUCGGUGCCAAUGGUGCAGGUAUCACGACCUUGAUCAACAUCGGAAACGAGCCUGACUUUGCUACACCCUACUUAUACAACUACAUCAAUCAGCAGUCCAAGAGUGUGAAGCAAUCCCGCAGCCUGGCUACUCAGUACUUCAAAGACGCUGCUUACGGCGUCCCUGGUAACAGUGAUGCGGGCGCCAUGAACUCCUGGCUGUUGUGGCAGAUGCUCGGGAUAUACCCGAUCGUCACACAGCCCACCUACCUGCUUGCUUCACCCUGGUUCCCCGACCUCAAUAUGACCGUCAACGGGAACCGCACUCUGCGAAUCUCCGCCACGGGUUUGGACGAGGGCUACUACGUGCAAAGCGUGAAGAUCAACGGUCAGCUGUGGGCGAAGAAUUGGUUCGAGCACGAGGAUGUCAUGACACAGGGCGGACACAUCGAGUUCGCACUCGGCAAGGAUGCGAAGGCCUGGGAAACCGGCGAGGUGCCCCCAUCGCCAGGACAUUUGGAUCGGAACUAA